UUACCAAAGAGUAUGGGGCGGAGACAUUGUGUAAGCCAUGCUCGCUCAGCUGUUGAGUAAGAGUUUCUCGUGUUAUUAUAUGUUGCAGAUAAGCAGACGUCGUGCCAGAGUCAAUUUGGUGCAUUCUUUUUACAUCUCCCAAGCAACAUUUUUGCGCUUGGUAUAACCGCACUGCAGGCAGUGCGUAAUUAAUGUAGCGUCCAGACAAAAUAGUCUUUAUUUGAAAGGAGAAGCAAUCGCCGAACUCAUUUAUCGAACAUGCCUUCUGAAACUGACUCUCAGGUCCGUCACUGGCUCAGAGAGUUGCUGGCGGGCCGUGAGGACCCGGAGAGUUUCUUCUGUUUGUGUGUCUCUAUUCUGGGACAUCGGGAGACGCGGGUCAGAUUCCGGGAGCUGAUUUCACCAAUAACUUACGUCCACCAUCAACUUCACAGCCAGCUCCUCUCCAUCUAUCAGGAGUACUUCUUAGGGGAUGUAGAUGAUGAGUUGGAGUUGGCACUGAACCUCUCGCUAGUGGACAUCAAUCAGACAUCCACUCAACAGCCUGUGCCCAAGAGUUAUGCCCAGUUAGCAUCGGUCACACCAGCUGCGCCGGUGAGGGGACACUCACAGAGUUUGGGCACAAAUGUAAACAUGGGCACACACAAGACCACAGGAUGGACUGGGAAAAGUCCCAAUGUCCCAAAGACUCCCAACGGACCAAAAGAAUCAGUCACAAACAAAACAGCUACUGAAAAUAAGGGAAAAGCUGAGGUAACGUCGUCAUUGGCCAAUGACAGCGACAGUCAGGAAAAGCUAGAUGCUGAUGACCAAUCAGAGAUGUCCAGGAAGUCAAGGAGGCGUCGCCAGCGGAAGCGCCAGCAGCAGCUUCUGAAGAGCCCUUCCUCCCCCCGUCCGAUCCUCAUGUGGUUCAGGAGGGACCUGCGUCUCCUAGACAACCCUGCUUUGAUUGGCUGCCUGGAGCUUGGUGCUCCUGUCAUCCCCCUCUUCCUGUGGAAUGACCAGGAAGAGGAAGGGCCAGGUGUUACCGUGGCAGCAGGCGGGGCCUGUAAGUACUGGCUGCAUCAGGCGCUGAUUUGUCUCAAUCAAGCGCUGGAGCGAAUAGGAAGCCACCUGUUGACGGUGAAGGCAGAGCCUUCUUCAGCGGAGGUCCUGCAGCGAUUGGUCAAGGAGACAGGGGCGGGGACAGUUGUGGCGACAGCUCUCUAUGAGCCCUGGCUGAAGGAGAGAGAUGAGGAAGUAGCCAACACACUCAAACAGCAGGGCGUCAGCUGGCAACUCCACCAUUCCUACUGCCUACGAGACCCCUACACAGUCACUACACAGGGGGUGGGCCUCAGAGGAAUCGGCUCUGUGUCCCACUUCAUGAGUUGCUGCCAGCAGAACCCUACGGGUGCACAGGGCACACCUCUGGAUGCCCCUCCCUCCCUACCUGUGCCCUCCUCCUGGCCUACCGGAUGCCCACUGGAGCAGCUGGGCUUGGCACGGAUGCCCCGCAGGAAAGAUGGCACCACGGUCGACUGGGCUGUGAAUAUCCGACGGGACUGGGAUUUCACUGAAGAGGGAGGUCAUGCUCGCUUGGAGGCUUUCCUGCAGGAUGGUGUGUAUCGAUAUGAGAAGGAGUCAGGGCGGGCGGAUGCCCCCAACACCAGCUGUGUGUCUCCGUACCUGCACUGGGGUCAGCUGAGUCCCCGCUGGCUAAUCUGGGAUGCCCGUGGUGCCCGCUGCCGCUCGCCCAAGUUCCAGCGUAAGCUGGCGUGGAGGGACCUGGCCUACUGGCAGCUCACGCUGUUCCCAGACCUGCCCUGGGAGAGCCUGCGCCCACCAUAUAAGGCCCUGCGCUGGAGCUCAGAGCGUGCCCACCUGCGUGCGUGGCAGAAAGGCAAGACCGGCUACCCUCUGGUGGACGCUGCCAUGAGGCAGCUGUGGCAGACGGGCUGGAUGAACAACUACAUGAGACACGUGGUGGCCUCCUUCCUCAUCGCCUACCUACACCUGCCCUGGCAGGAGGGCUACCGCUGGUUCCAGGACACGCUGGUGGAUGCCGAUGUUGCCAUAGACGCCAUGAUGUGGCAGAAUGGGGGCAUGAGUGGUCUGGACCACUGGAACUUUGUCAUGCACCCAGUUGACGCGGCAAUGACCUGUGACCCCAACGGAGCCUAUGUGAGGCGCUGGUGCCCUGAGCUUGCCCCACUGCCCGAUGAGCUCAUCCACAAGCCAUGGAAAUGCCCCGCCUCCAUACUGCGCAGGGCAGGUCUGGUCCUGGGACAGACCUACCCUGAGCAGGUGGUCACUGACCUGGAGGAGCGUAGGACCCAGUCGCUGCGGGACGUGGCGGAGGUGAGACAGCGCUUCAAGGAAUACGUGGACCAGCACUCUGGCUGCGACCUGGUACCCCUGCCCGACAGGUUGGUGGAGGAGGCUCUGGGCUCGACCGGGGAGGUCUGUCGUAGUGGCUCUCGCUUCCUCCUGCCCGUCAUCACGCGCAUGGAGUUCAAGCACCAAACAGCUGAUCCGGACGAAGCAGACGCGCAGGGCAACCCCUACAACGCCGUGCUGAAGGGCUACGUGAGCCGCAAGCGCGACGAGACCAUCGCCUUCCUGAACGAGCGAGACUUCACGGCCAGCGUGAUGCACGAGAGCACCCAGCGGCGCGAGCGGGCUGAGCGCCACCACUGCCUCCUGGAGGGGCUCCCUGCGCCCGUUUCAUCCACCGCAACCCGCGGCCGCCCCCGACGCACCCGUGCCAAAGACCCCCACUCCAUAGUGCCAGGGGGGGUGGCCACGCCACAGAGGUGAUACCCGCUGGGGGAAAGGGUUGGGUACUGGUGCCACUAAUGCAGCAGAGUGCUGCAACAUCACCACAGUCACGAGUGUGCUAAACAGGAAGCAUUAAUGCUUGGGGAGAUCUGUAAUUGCACAGUACUACAAGUCCUUUAGGGCCCAGGGACUCCAUCCUAGCAGCUCUUUCAUCAUGUACUUGAAUAGCUGUUAUCGGUGGUGGGAAGGAGAUAAAUAUUGCUCAUUAGACCUGCUGUGGUGAUCAUUCCCUGACAAAAAUCUUAAUGGUUUCCAGGAAUGACAUGUUUGUGCAAUACUCAGGUGUUUUUAUAUUGUCACGAAAUCAGUCAGACAGUUUUCCAUCUCUCAAUUAGCUGACUUAACAGCUUUGCUGUUGUAGAAGCAGGUUUCAUCUGAGGUGCACUAAGUCAGGCGAUAGUGCCUUCAGAUUAGUCAAGUUUGGGUAAAGAUAUGCUUAUGGACUUUUUGCCUUCCAAAUGAACUACUGUACCUUUUUAAGUGAACUUGUGAACUAUAAUGCAUUGUGAAACUCAUCUGCAUGUCACACGCACAAAUAUAUGCAUGACCAGAAGGCUUUUCACAACUUAUGGACUUCGUGCCUUCCAAAUGAACUACUGUACUUCUAAAAAAAAAAAAAGUUGUGAACUAUUGUGCAUUUUCUCUUGUGAAGUGAAAUGUUUACAUACAUUUUGUAUUGAUUAGGAUCUCUUCUUUUAGUAUGAUGUGUGAAUGGUUAUUUAUAACAAUGUCAGGUAUCUGUAUUUCUACAAUGGUUUGUAAAUCAACCAGGCCAUAAUCCACUAACACAGUGUUUGUGAAGGAUAAUUGAGUCCUGAUGAAUGAUUUUGUAACAAAACAAGUAAAUAAUACAUUUAAA